ACCCUGUGCCCCAAAAUCCUCGUAGUAAUUUAGUACGGCCGUGGACUCUUAAUUAAAAGCCGCCGCAGCCGAGCUUACCUUUCCUAAACCCCACGUCACCCAAGCGAGUGGCGCCGAGGCUUCACACCUUGCCGCACCGGAUUGCCUCCUCCUCACGGCGGGGGAAACCUGGCAGCCACAGGGUCGUACAGCGAGUUUUACAAAAAAUAAUUUUUAAUUAAAUAAAAUAUUAUAACGAUGGUCGAACCGGCGAGCGCCCUCUCUGUUCGAUAAUAAACACACUUUCUCCACAGGCGAAGCGAAGAAAGCUAACUAUGCGCACUGCGCACCCGUCCGACUACGAUCUCGUCGGAGACGGCCAUGGCGGCGCGCGACUCGCAGGCGAGCAUGUACCGACUGCUGCUGGACCGGUGCCGGAGCUUGGAGGCCAGCCACGUCAGACUCAGAGCCGAGUUCCGUGAGCUGCAGCACCACAACGGGAAGACCGAGGAGGAGGAGGAGGAUGAGGUGCUGACGUCAGAGUUCUCGGUUCCGCACCUUGUCCGGGGGUUCUUCCUGUCCGGGAGUCCGUACCGGAGCAUACUGGACAACAUGGGCCAGGCCGUCCACGUCUGCACGGCCUCCGCCGGAGAGAUCCAGUACUGGAAUCGUGCGGCUGAGAAUCUCUAUGGAUGGAAGGACUAUGAAGCCCUUGGACAAAGGGUUGCUGAGCUCCUCAUUGCUGAAGAGUACUAUGCACCUUUAAAGAGAAUCAUGGAAAGAUUGAAUAUUGGCUUAUCAUGGUCUGGUCAGUUUCCUUUCAAAAAGAGGUCGGGAGAGAUAUUUAUGGCAAUGGUGACAAAAAGCCCAUUGUAUGAGGAUGGUGAGCUUGUUGGUAUCAUCACUGUUUCAAGUGAUGCGGCAUUGUUUAAUAGAAUUGAAGCAGAAAAUCUGGGAACAUCCAAGGAUCAUGCCAAGGGCCAACAUAAGGGAUGGCAGUUGAACUGGAACAAGAGCCAAUUACACCCUGGCCGGCCACCGGUCGCACCAGUGCCACAGAUUGCAUCAUCUGUUUCCAAUCUGGCCUCCAAACUGCUAUCACGAAAUGAUGACAAUGGAUGCAAUCCAAGUGAGGUUAACAAGGCAAGGGAGAACUCUACAGCAGACACUGGAAAUGCUAACUUAGAGAAAGCUGGUACACUAGCGUCUAAGUUCUUGGCAAAGUUGAACAUUAAAGGAGCCAACAAAGGCGGGAAAGAAGAUUAUGAAACAUCUCAAAAAAUUGGCAGAAAUGAUGCUAAUCUAUUUAGCAAUGAAGUGACAAAGCAGCCUAAUUCCCCUAGAAAUUCAAACGCAUCAAGUGUAUAUGGGCAUAAGAAUCCGAUUGAUUUAGAUCAGAGUUCUGUCUUAGCCUCUUCAAGGGAGUGCAAUGAGUAUAUUGGGUUGCAUAGACCAAAUCAUCUAUUGCCAAAAUUACACUAUGCAAAUGAUCCGGGGCCUGAAGAAUGCAACUUGAAUGCUUCAGAGGUAGAAGAUGCAAUGCAAAAACAACCAGAUGGUCAACCAUUACCUAGUUCAGCAGAGAGCACUCGCAGCCCCAAUAGUUCAUCAAGCAAAGGGGUUAAUAAUUCUACUUCCAUAGGAGGUUGUGAGAUUCGUUGGGAGGACUUACAUUUGGGAGAGGAAAUUGGACAAGGUUCCUGUGCUAUUGUAUAUCGUGGAAACUGGAAUGCAUCGGAUGUUGCCAUUAAGGUUUACUUUAAAAAUGAAUACAGUGAGGGGGUUUUGCAUGACUACAGAAAGGAGAUUGAUAUAAUGAAAAGAUUGCGGCAUCCUAAUGUGCUGCUAUUUAUGGGAGCAGUAUAUUCACAAGAACGUCUAGCUAUUGUCACAGAGUACCUACCUAGGGGAAGUCUUUUCAGACAACUUCACAAAAACAAUCAAGCAUUGGAUAUUAAACGACGUAUGAGGAUGGCCCUUGAUGUUGCGAGAGGUAUGAAUUACUUGCAUCGUAGAAAUCCACCUAUAGUUCACAGAGACUUAAAAUCGUCUAACUUGCUGGUUGAUAAGAACUGGACUGUCAAGGUUGGAGACUUUGGUCUGUCGAAGUUAAAGAACGCAACCUUCUUGACUGCAAAAUCUGGGAGAGGAACACCUCAGUGGAUGGCACCUGAAGUCCUCCGGAAUGAACCUUCAAAUGAGAAGUCUGAUGUAUUUAGCUUUGGUGUCAUCCUUUGGGAACUAAUGACUGUAUCGGUCCCAUGGAAUAACCUCAAUCCCUUGCAGGUUGUUGGAGUUGUAGGCUUCAUGGAUAGAAGAUUAGACAUACCAGAAGGCCUCAAUCCCGAAAUAGUAUCCAUUAUUGAAGACUGUUGGCGUAGUGACCCAGGACAGCGUCCAUUGUUUGAAGAUGUGAUUCAGAGAAUGAAGGACUUAGUUAUCAAAGUUGAAGCAGCUUCAGUAAGAAGAAGUUCAAACCCUUGAAUUAGUAGUGAUUUAGGUUACACUUUGGGAUAUACCUUUCUGCUAAUCAUUAAUAAACAGUUGAGAAAGGGGCUGAUCAGAUCAACUGUCUGACACAUAAUGGUUCGAUUUUCACUGCAAUUGUAUUCAUCGUUCAAGUGGAAACGAGGGAAAGAAACUCCCUGAAAUGUUGCCCAGUACAUAUUUAUCUUUCGCUACCGUGAUUACUAUUUCCUUUUUCUAUUCCUUCGCUA